AUGUUUAGCAACUUCAGCGAUAUCUACAUAAAUAUCCCCGCGCAUAAGCCGUACGAUAUACUCAAAGAAGCACUCCUUUGUCGUAUGGCGGUUACAGAAGAGGAGCGCAUCCAGCUUCUCCUGUCAGAGAUCCAAUUGGGAAAUCUUAAGUCAUCCCAGUUGCUGCGUCAAAUGCAUGCGUCGGUCGGCAAAAACACGCUCGACGAUUCAGUACUUUCGAUGUACGUCCAGAACCAACUAGCUGCUGCCCGAGCCAUGGAGCAGGCUCAGCUUUUCCAACCUUCACUGGUGAACGCUGGGAGCCCGGAGCCAAUCAUCUUUCAGCAGACGUUCUCCAAUCCUACUCAAGGUAAGCUCCCUACGAGCCCAUGA